UUUUGAGGGAAUUCUGUUUGUGUUUUUGUUUUGCAUGAAUCAAACGUAUUCAAUUUGAUACUCAGACAAGUUAUAAAAUGAAAUUGUAUUCCAUGUUUGGAAAUCGCAAAUAUUAUUUUCUUUAAAUCUUAUUCAUUUGUUAUUAAGGAAACUUUUGUCACAAUCUUCAAUCAUAUUCUGAUUGAUUUUGAGAUUUAUCACCUGAGACAAUUUAAUAAGAAAAUUAUUAGAUAUGACGAAUUUCCUGCCAAUGCUGAUUUUAAUAAACUGUUAUAUAAUACAAGUUGCAGGUGUUUUGGAAUGGACAGUUGUGGGAAAGGUGACAGAUUAUGGACAAAACGUAACAUUAUUUUGUAAUGUUUCGAACUGCUGCCCUAAACAUGCUGGUUGGGAUAUGUGGACUCCCGCUCAACGCACUCUGUACAUAGACGUCAAAACAGGACUACCAAAUAGAAAAUAUGAUGGCAAGGCUUUGACGAAUGGAUACACCUUAAUAAUUCAAAAUCUGACUAAAACAGAUCUUAAUGUUUCGUAUUCUUGUUUGUAUGGCGUAGUAUUGGGUGAAAUAAAACUUCUAGUAGAAGAGGAUGUUUUCACCUACGAGAGUACUUCACAACCAAAUGUGCCAACUCAUAACAGAAUAUUAUCUGAGGGUACAAUAGCUGCUUUAAUAACUGGAGUUAUGGUGUUAGUAUUAGUGACAAUUCUGGUUUAUUUAUGGAAACGAAGAAAUAAACGAAACAGAAGCAGAAAGGGAUCAGAAUCGAUUGAAAUGGUAAAUAAAACACAGACCAGUGAAAUUUCACAUGUAGAAGAAGUAGAGACAACACUGAAUGAAGAUACAGAGGGAACUGGUGACGAUGGCGACAUUAUUCCAAAUAUAUCUGCUUAUCCACUGCAAGACAAGAUUUUGAAAAUAAUCUUUUCUAUUUUCCUGCUUAUCAUUGUGUUUGGGAGCUGUUUUGUUGCAAGGAUCACUUUGCAUAUUUUGAUUUGGCAUAUUACUCCACCGAUAGAAACAUCAGAUUCUGUGAUAAAUACUCUUGGAGGUCUCCUCGUAUCUAACUGUUCAAGCUGUAAUACCAGUAUGAGUAAUACGACCACCUGUUCUGUUCAUUCUGCAGCAGUUGACGAGACGUGGAUUUGGGCUUUAUUUCUCGUCAUUAUUGCACCGCAUCUGCUGAUGUUUUUCUCUGCAUUGUUUAAAUUAUGCGUCAAAUCAAAUGCACCGCUGAACAUGUCAGUUCUAUUCGUGGUAUUGUUUAGAGAAACAAUUCAUUCAAUUGGAAUAUCCAUACUUGCUUUUCUGGUUCUCCCUGCAUUCGAUCCGGCUUCCGCUUCUGUUGUUUAUUUGACUGUUGCAGUAACUCCACCGCUAAUUAAUAUUAUAGAUCAACUCGUAAAUCAACGAAAGGAAGAUGACAAUGAAAAUAAAUCUAAAUUGUAUAUGUGUAGCGAGACUUCGAUGUUAUCAAUUUCCUUUCCGUUAAUUGGAUUUCUUCUUCAACUCACAGGAAUAGUUUUUAUAGCUAUUUAUAUAAAAAUCGGUUGGUUGAUUGGUAUGUUUAUUAUGUCGGUGUUUUUUACGUCCAUUGACUAUUGGGAGAAUUUUGUUGCUAGAGAAGGGAAUAGUUCUAAGUUCCGUCGCAGGAUGAGAUAUGAAUUGGGUAAACAAAAAACCAAACUUACUUUUAUAGUUAGUUUUUGGAAAAUAAUUGUAACUUGUAUUGUCAUUAUGGCUGUAUUUGUAGGCCAAGGUCAGGAUUCUUCGUCUGCUUUUAAGUCACUUUUCAACACUGGGAUCUCUACUUUGACCACCGCAUUUGGAAAUCGAAGAUUUGGAUACAAUCCAAUCUGUAAAAACUAUACUCCAUUUAUAUUAGCUGUUACAAAUAUAUGCUGUAAAUACAUAUGUUACAAAUCAUCAAGAGCUGUGUGCGUAAUAAAUUGCCAGCGCUUUGGGUUUAGUAUUCCAUUAACUAUAAUACAUGUGGCAACGACUGUUACGUUAAUAGGCCUGAUGUAUCGACCUGAAAUUUUGACAUUUAGUUCAUGUGAUUUUCUAUUCUCUACUUGGUGUAUAAAAGGAAUUGAUCAGUUGAUUGGUAACUGUUACGAAUUAUUUGUCGCAUUCAUUUUACUUUUUAUAUCUAUACUCUUGAUUACCAGGCAUAUAUGGAUCGUCGACGGUUUCAAACAUGGAGAAAAGUCCAGGAUGUUUGUAUCAACAUUUUACUGCGGACUAUUUAUUGACCUGUCGCUGUUGCUGAAUCGGAAGAGAUUUAACAAGAACAUUGAAACCAAAACCACACUAGUGAAAGACGGCGAAGGGAAAAACAAACGAAAGAUGUUAUACGCUUGUACAACGAUGUGGCACGAAACAUCUUCCGAAAUGACAAAGCAUUUAAAGUCUUUAUUUUUGCUAGAUGCAAACCAAUUUAAGGCUGGACUGCUUUCUGAUAACAAGAAUAAUGCCGAGGAAAGUUAUGAUCUUGAAGCUCAUGUUUUCAUUGAGGAUGCCUUUGAUCCUUUGGAUGGAGACGAAAAAUAUCCAAACGUAAACAGCUAUGUUAAAAAUUUCAUCGCCUGCAUUUACACGGCUGGAAGCUUUAUUCAUGGUAGGAAUAUUACGUUGACUGAUGGUUAUAUGCAUAGAACUCCCUAUGGCGCACAAAUUUGUUGGAUUUUACCGGGCGGAAAUAAACUAAUUGCUCACCUAAAGGAUAAAACAAAAAUUCGUUGGAAGAAACGAUGGAAUCAGGUUAUGUACAUGUAUUAUAUUUUAAAAUGGUGUAUUCAUGAAAAUCACGGUGAGUUAGGGAAGAAAGCUGCAUUGGAAAAUACAUAUAUCUUAACGCUUGAUGGUGACGUUGAUUUCAAACCCGAAGAUGUACGUAAUUUAAUUAGACGUAUGAGCAAGUCUAAAUUAAUUGGAGCAGCAUGUGGAAGGAUUCAUCCUAAAGGAACAGGGCCAAUGGUAUGGUAUCAGAAGUUUGAAUAUGCAAUUGGUCAUUGGUUGCAAAAAUCAACAGAACAUACAUUUGGUUGCGUCUUAACCAUGUUAAGCAAUCAAGGUUGCUUCAGUCUAUUUCGGGGUUCCGCUCUAAUGCAUCCAGAGGUUUUAAAAAAGUACACAACAUUUGCAAACACAGCUCAUCAUAGUAUUCAAUAUGAUUUAGAUGAAAACAGAUGGUUAUGUACUUUGCUAGUAAAACAAGGAUGGCAAAUAGAGUAUUGUGAUGAUUCACAUGCAUAUACAUAUGUACCAGAAGGAUUUAAUGAUUUAUACAACCAACGUCGCAGAUGGACAAAUUCUACAUUGGCAAAUAUUCUUGAUGUCUUACUUGAUUGGCAAAAGGUGAAAAAGAAGAAUGAGAAUAUUUCCUAUCUGUAUAUUGCUUACCAGAUGUUUUUGUUUGUAUCAACGUUGUUAACACCUGGAACAAUAUUUCUGACAAUCUUUGGAUCAAUCAUUGUUGGAUUUGAUGGAAUACCACCAUGGUUAUCCCUUAUUCUAAAUUUGAUACCUUUUGGCAUAUUUGUGCUUAUGACACUGUAUUCGUCAUCUAACAAACAGCUUCAGUUUGCUGCCGUUUUAUCCUCUGUUUACGUGAUUGUUAUGAUGAUUGUACUGAUUGGUGUGGUAAAAGAUGCUAUAGGUGAAGGACUCUGCUCUAUGACGACGAUUUCUAUCAUAUUUGUUGCAGGUGUUUUAGUGAUAGUGUUCUUAGUUCACUCGAAGGAGGUUAUCUUCAUUAUGCAAGGAUUGGUGUAUUUUGUGGCUAUACCUUCAAUGUCCAUGUUGAUGUUUCUGUAUUCAAUUGGAAAUCUACACGUAGUACCAUUUGGUAUAAGGAAAACUAAUCUUGUGUCUGCAAAUACAAAACCAGGGACCAAACAUAUACCGGAAAAAGAUGAAAGGGGAUAUUUUUGUUCAAUUGGGAAAUUUUUCAGCUGUAUGUUUUGUCCAACAAAUACUUACAACAAAGAUGAUUUCCUUUACUCAAAUGUCAUGAAUGAAGUCAGAGAUGUAAAAUUUAUGGUGAACACAGAUAAUGAAGCUACAAAGGUGAAACAGAUGAUUAAUCAAGAGAAGGAUUGUUCAAAAGUUGACAAAGAAACACAAGUCAGACGGUCCGACCUUAAAAGGGAACUACAAACUAUCAAAGACAAAAGCAGAAAUGAAGAGUGGCAGGUGAAAGCAGACAAAUCUGUUGCACUAAUUUCAAAGAAAGAACGAAAAUUUUGGAAAAAGUAUAUUAAGAUGUAUCUUAAACCUUUGUAUGAAGAUCCUAUAUAUACAUCAUAUAUAAAACAAGAUUUGAUUGAUUUAAGAAACAGAGUAUGUCUUUUUGUCUAUCUACUAAACGCUUUUCUUAUUAUAGUGAUGUUUGGAUUAACUCAAGUAAACGAUUUCGAAGAUUCCUUGACUAUAAAUUUCAAAUGCUUAGGGGAUAAAAUUCAACUGGUUCCACUUGCAAUACUUUUAAUGGCAGUAUUUGGCAUUCGGUGGGUGGUUCAGUUUCUUUGUAUGCUGUAUCAAAGAUAUGAAACGUUAAUUCGUAUAUGUGCUACAACCGAAAUCUUGGAGAGCGAUGUCACUCAUACAGGUGAAACUACCUUAAGACUUGUUGAUUUUUUGAUUUCACCAGCAAAGGUUCCUGUUUUGCCGUUAUCAGCGAAUGCUCAAGUUAAGAAGACGAAUCUGCAGGACCUUGUAACGGCAAAUUGGGAGGAGGCACCAUUGAAGGAAAUAACGCGUUUAAGAAAACAGUUAGGACAAAAUAUUUUGGAUAAAUGGACAAAUUACAGUAAACAUAAAAUUGAAGGGCGAACUUCAAGAUUUAUGAACAUUGAAGCUCAACUACAAAACGAUAACUGUGUCUCAGAGCAUAGCGAGAACGAAACGUCUGAACCUAGCGGAAACAAUGAAGUACCGAAUAUUAGUUCAGAUUCUUCAUCAUUAUCAUCUUCAUCAUCAUCAUCAGCAGCAGCAGCAUCAUCAUUAUCAGUAUCUUCUUCCGACGAAGAAGAAACACUAAUAAAAGAAUGUUGCAACGUUUAAAAACAUACAUUUUUAUAUCUUAAUUGUAGUAUAAAUGAAGUAUAAUAAUUAUUCUAUUUUUGCACUGUGUGUGUUUGUUUUUAUAGUUAGAACUUUUACUGAAGUGCCUUACUGUUCCUUUCGUCUUACUUUUUAUAACUAAUCAGAUUCAUAGAAAAGUUAUCAGAAUUAAUUUCUUGAAUAUUUACAGUAGGUAUUACAUUCAUACAAUUGUCGAUAGUUUAUAGGCUGAAAAAUGAAUUAUUCGAUUCCGGUAUAUGCUAUCAAUUUGUAUGUAAACAACUCAAGAUAAGUAAAUUAUCAGCUUCGUGCAUCCAAUAAAUAUGUACACGUUGUUCCUGUUCUUUGUACCAACAGAUGCGUUUUUUUAAAUAACAAACUUUACUAUUUUUAAUAAGUAAUCUACCUUAUCUAUAUUGUAAAUGUAAAUAACUGAUGAAAAUGUUAACAAAUAUUAAUUUAUGAUAUAGAUGUAUAAUACUGAUAACAAUGAUAAAUAUUUCACGAGCUAUC